AUGUCGCAGUCGAACGUUCACGUCGUCUCGCAUCCAUUGAUCUCGCAUCACUUGGCGAACCUGCGCCUGGCAGAUACAUCACCCAAGGAAUUCCGCUCACUGGUCAGGAACAUCUCCACCGUCCUCUGCAUCGAAGCCUCCCGCACGCUCUCGGUCAAGCAGGUGCAAGGUCAAGGUCCGCUAGCCACGUUCCAAGGCGAGCAGCUUUCGGAUCGCAUUGGCCUCGUGCCCAUUCUUCGUGCCGGUCUGGGCAUGACUGAAGCCUGCCUUGACCUGCUGCCCGAAAACACAUCCGUGCUGCACAUUGGUCUGUUCAGGGAAAAGGUGUCGCUACAACCCGUCGAGUACUACAACAAGCUUCCCGUCACGCCCACCGUCGAUCAGGUGCUCAUUCUCGAUCCCCUCAUUGCGACCGGUGGCACUGCUGUGGCGUGUAUCCAAAUGAUCCUCGACUGGGGCGUGCCCGUGGAGAAGAUCAAAUUCCUGUGCGUGCUGGCUUCGCAAAAGGGUCUGGAGCAUGUGGUCGAGUCGGUGCCCGGGCUCGAGGUGUGGGUGGGCCACGUGGAUCCGCAGCUGAGCGACAAGGGUCUCAUCCUGCCUGGCUUGGGCGACACGGGUGACCGCCUGUUCGACACUAGGACCUAG